AUGGCGGUUGGAAGAGCUGGGAAAACCUUAAUGGGGCCAAUCCUAAUGGUCAACUUCGUUGUGUAUUUAAUAGUACUGGGGCUGGCGGGUUGGUCGGUGGACAAAUUCAUUGAUGGCGAACAAGAUCACCCUCAUUUGGGUGGGAAUACAUCAACGGGUUUUGUUAUGGUGUUUUCCUUGAUGGGCGGUGCAAUAGGAGCAUGUUCGUUACUAUCUGGCCUAAUUCAUCUUCGAGCUUGGCAGAAUGAUAGUCUGGCCAGUGCAUCAUCUUCUGCAAUCAUAGCUUGGGCUAUUACAGCUCUUGCCUUCGGCGUUUGUGGCAAUCUCAUUGCUGAGCCAAUUGAUAUACUUGGUGCUUUUGCAUCUUGGGAUGCUUUGGGGAAGGCAUCGGACGGGUCGUUGAUUGACGUUAAGCAAACCCAACUUCAGCUGUUUUGGUUUGUUGAAUAA